CUUCCUCUUCCUUUUGAAACCGUACAUGGCUGCUCUCUGCAGAUUUCUCAACUUUCUCUUCUUUCUUCACUUCAUCGUUUCUCAAGCAAAACCAACGCAAAAGGAAAACGACACCGUUUCCCUCUCUUUCCCUCUGACUUCCCUCCGUUUCUCUGCUGAUGUGAAGUUUCAGUCUUUAGUUUCAGUGUCCAAGCAUGCUUCGAUGAGAAGGCCGACGUCGUAUAAUUACAAGACGACGUUCAAGUAUUCGAUGGUUUUGAUCGUGGCUUUGCCGAUUGGCACUCCGCCGCAGACUCAGGAGAUGGUGUUGGACACCGGAAGCCAACUCUCGUGGAUUCAGUGUCACAAGAAGGCUCCCAAAAAGCCGCCACCCGCGGCGUCGUUUGAUCCUUCUCUCUCUUCUUCUUUCUCGGUGUUGCCGUGUAAUCAUCCUCUCUGUAAGCCUCGGGUUCCGGAUUUUACCCUCCCGACGUCGUGCGACCAGAACCGUCUGUGCCACUAUUCUUACUUCUACGCCGACGGAACACUCGCCGAGGGCAACUUGGUCAGAGAAAAGUUCACCUUUUCACGUUCCCAGAGUACCCCUCCUUUGAUCCUCGGUUGCGCCACCGAUACCAGUGAGGACAAGGGAAUUUUGGGGAUGAACCUCGGGAGGUUCUCCUUCGCUUCCCAGACCAAAAUCUCAAAAUUCUCCUACUGUGUCCCGACUCGUCGGACCCAACCCGGAGUUUCACCGACCGGGUCAUUUUAUCUGGGCCAAAACCCGAAUUCCCACGGGUUUCAGUAUAUUAACCUUCUGGUUUUUCCUCAUAGCCGAACCAUGCCGAAUAUGGAUCCUUCGGCUUACACACUCCCAAUGCAAGGGAUAAGAAUCGGAGCCAAGAAGCUAGCAAUCCCCGUUCAUUUUUUCCGACCCGACACCGGUGGGUCGGGUCAAACCAUGAUCGACUCAGGCUCCGAGUUCACUUACUUGGUGGACGAGGCCUACAACAAUGUGAGAGAAGAAGUGGUACGACUGGUAGGUCCGAGGCUUAAAAAGGGUUACGUGUACGGUGAAGUGGCCGACAUGUGUUUCGACGGCAACCCAAUCGAGAUCGGACGGUUGAUAGGCGAUAUGUCGUUCUUGUUCGAGAAAGGGGUGGAGAUCGCGGUGGAUAAACAUCGGAUUCUAGCCGACGUCGGUGGCGGGGUCCACUGCUUGGGGAUCGGACGAUCGAAUGUGCUAGGAGUCGCGAGCAACAUAAUCGGGAACUUCCAUCAACAAAAUCUAUGGGUGGAAUUCGAUCUGGCGAACAGGAGAGUGGGAUUCGGUAAGGCUGAUUGUAGCGGAGCCGUAUGAAGAGGAGAGAGGGCCCCAUCUGUACGAGAUGAUCGGGAAAAGGAAAUAUCUAAUCGGACGGUGUAGAUGAAAAGGUGAAAAAGAGAAGUGUCAUGUGAAGAACAUGGGUUUUGUUUGGGAGAAUUAUCGAACAGCUGUUUGAGUUUA